UUAACCCCGUGUCUGAUCCCCGAUUGGGCAGAUAAUCAAGCCCCAUUCUUGCAGCACCCUUGGUGUUGAUUUCCUUCCCGUUCUCCCCUUCCAUUUGGCCUGACAGUAACCCCCCAGCAGCGCGCCAUUAUUAGGAUGAUAAUGGUCCUCCUCCCCCUUCCCUACCACUAGGGGCAUGCCAUUGAUGCCAUCUUGACUGUUACUGUACUCUCCAACCUCUCGUCUCCGCUCGCUCUUCCAGAUCUCAUCCGCUUCUCCCUUUUGGCAUUGUACUGUUUCUUGCUGCUCCUUGUCUCCGCGUGUGAUUUAAGGAGUCUGACUUCCGUCUGCUGGCGCGUCUUGCUUUCUUUCUUGGCUGCUCCUGCUCGCGUUCUUGGGUGCGGUGGAAGAGCGGUGAUGGGUUUUUUCAGCACCGUGCUGGGUUUCUUUGGGUUUGGAGUGGGAGUGACCCUGGGGCUCGGGAUUGGGUACUACCUCUUCAUCUACUACCAACCGACCGAUGUGAAGCACCCUGUAAUCACGGCACUUGUUGAACUUGAUACAAAAUCAUUGGAAAACAUGCUUCCUGAGAUUCCUCUUUGGAUAAAAAAUCCAGACUUCGAUCGGAUUGAUUGGCUGAACAAGUUCAUUGAGACUAUGUGGUCCUAUCUUGACAAGGCAAUAUGUAAAAUGGCAAAGGAAAUCGCCAAGCCAAUUAUUGCUGAGAACACUGCAAAGUAUAAGAUUGAUUCAGUUGAAUUUGAGACAUUAACAUUAGGCUCAUUGCCGCCAACAUUUCAAGGGAUGAAGGUCUACACCACUGACGAACAAGAACUUAUAAUGGAACCUUCAGUAAAGUGGGCUGGGAAUCCUAAUAUCACUGUUGUAGUCAAAGCAUAUGGGCUAAAAGCAACGGCACAGGUAAUUGAUUUGCAAGUAUUUGCUCUCCCACGCAUAACCUUGAGGCCACUGGUUCCUAGCUUUCCAUGUUUUGCUAAAAUACUCGUUUCACUCAUGGAGAAACCCCAUGUUGACUUUGGUCUGAAACUCUUAGGAGCAGAUCUGAUGGCAAUUCCUGGCCUUUAUGGAUUUGUUCAGGAAACUAUCAAGACCCAAGUAGCAAAUAUGUACUUGUGGCCCAAAGUACUCGAGGUGCAAAUCAUGGAUCCUGCAAAAGCACAAAAGAAGCCUGUGGGAAUUCUCUUUGUUAAUGUAGUACAGGCUGUUAAACUCACCAAGAAAGAUCUUCUGGGCAAAUCAGAUCCAUAUGUGAAGUUAAAGCUAACUGAGGACAAACUUCCAUCAAAGAAAACAUCAGUGAAGCGAAGCAACCUGAACCCUGAAUGGAACGAGGAAUUCAAAAUAGUUGUUAAAGACCCAGAAUCUCAAGCUCUGGAGCUUACUGUUUAUGAUUGGGAGCAGGUUGGGAAGCAUGACAGGAUUGGAAUGAAUGUUAUCCCACUGAAAGACAUUACUCCAGAUGAGACAAAAUCUAUUACACUUAACCUGCUCAAGAGCAUGGAUGCAAAUGACCCAGCAAAUGAGAAGUUCCGGGGACAGCUCACUGUUGAUCUAACGUAUAAGCCAUUCAAGGAUGGUGAUUCUGAUGUUGAGACGAGUGAUGAGUCUGGUGUCAUUGAAAAGGCUCCUGAUGGCAUGCCGGAAGGUGGUGGUUUGUUGGUAGUUAUUGUCCAUGAAGCACAGGAUGUUGAAGGAAAGCACCACACCAAUCCAUAUGUGCGAAUUUUGUUCAAAGGCGAAGAAAGAAAGACAAAGCAUAUCAAGAAGAAUAGAGAUCCACGAUGGGAACAAGAAUUUGAGUUCGUUUGUGAGGAACCACCUAUAAAUGAUAAAAUGCAAGUUGAAGUCAUUAGCAGGCCACCAAGUCUUGGCAUACACUCGAAGGCACAUACCUCAUCAAGACUGCAUGGCAGCUGUUGCUUCAGGAGUACAACCACACAAUUAGUGGUCAGAGUAAAGUGCACCCAGGGCCUUGAACUUUUUUUUUUUCGGAUUCUCAUAUAGGUCCAUGACCUCUCAAAGUGAGAAUCCAGGUCACUUGAACUUUUUAAAUGGUUCAUCCCAGGUAAGAAUCCAGGUCAUAAUUGGACCUAGAGUGAACCACUUGAAAACUUCAAGGACUCAGAUGCUCACUUUCAUAGUUUAUGGACCUAGGUGAGAAUCCGGGGAAGUUUAAGGAUCCAUGGUGCCUUUUACUCUUAGUGGUCAAUGGUCUUAUUAUUCUAUUAAAUCAUUUCCCCUAAGUUAGCUUAAGAUAAUGCUAGUACAUUACUCAUGAGUAAUGAGAAGGGACCACUGGGAACUAGCUGGGAGUUGUAGCUUUAACUAUUAGUUAAUAAAUUUGUCAACAUGGUCCAUGUUUUCCAAACUUGAAACUCAGUCUUAGGUUGUUAAUAUUCACUGUUUCUACUGAAUUUGGUAAUGAAAUGACAAUGUUGUAAACCUUUUUCAUGGAAAAAAAACAUACUCUCAAUCUAAAGACAAACUGAAGACCUUCAAGAAAGGUUGUAAGCU